CUUAGGCCUAUCAGAUUAGUUGCCAUCCAAGAAAUAACAUAUCUUUAAGUUUAAGAGAGAGAGAGAGAGAGUGUGUGUGUCUGUUGGAGUUGAAAGAGAGUAAUUAUUUAUAUAAACAAGAAAGAAAGAAGGAAAGAAAGAUGGGAAGAGCUCCUUGCUGUGAGAAGAUGGGAUUAAAGAAAGGGCCAUGGACUUCUGAAGAAGAUAAGAUUUUGAUUUCUCAUAUUCAAAAACAUGGCCAUAGCAAUUGGCGUGCACUCCCUAAGCAAGCUGGUUUAUUGAGAUGUGGAAAAAGUUGCAGACUUCGCUGGAUAAACUAUUUAAGACCAGACAUUAAAAGAGGAAACUUUACUCUAGAAGAAGAAGAAACUAUUAUCAAGUUACAUGCAACGCUCGGAAAUAGAUGGUCAGCAAUUGCAGCGAAACUACCAGGAAGGACAGACAACGAGAUUAAGAAUGUUUGGCAUACUCACUUGAAAAAGAGGCUGAAACAAAAGAAUGACUCAAAUCAAAUGCCAAAAUGUGACGAUCUCAAUAACCAAUCUGAGAAUUCAAUUCUUCCAGAAUCAAUAAUGGAAAGUCCAGCGUCUCCUCAGCCCUCUUCUAGUGAUAUUUCCACUGUAACAGAAAACUCAUCAUCAGUCGCCAUAUCAGAAACAAGCAAUAUCAGUACGGUCAAGGGUGAAACUAUUGACUCAUCGGAGUUCGAUUUUCCGGUGAUCGACCAAGAAUUUUGGUCAGAAACAGAAUUGAUUGAGAAUUCAAACGUUCUUGAAUUUCCAGUAUAUGAUGAUACCAGGGAAUUCCAUAAUAUCAGUGAUGGUCCAAAUAGUAUUAUCGACGAUGGUAUGGACUUCUGGUACAAUCUUUUUGUAAACUCUGGGGGCAUAGAGGAAUUACUAUAAUUUUGGAGCGCAAAUCAAUUUGAAUAUGUGCAGGAAUUUGACUGUUGAUAUGGAAUGUGAGGGAGAAAAUUGCAAAAAUUUCCACACAGCAUGGUCCAAAUUUGUACGAAAGCAAGAAUAUACCACUCAUUGACGAAGAACGUUAAAAAAGCCAGUAUAAAGAUAUGUACAAUGAGUCUGUAAUUGUAUACGCUUUGGUGGAUAUUUGGAAGGGACACAAAAAGAAGAAUAAAGGCGGAAUACAAGAAAAUUUUGAGGUUGGAAGAAAAAGUUUUUUACUGUGAAUAUAUACGGAGGAACUAUUUAAUCAGAGAGCUAUGGGGAGGGGAGAGCAAAUAUCAGAGUUGAUAUAUGGUUAUUUAGAUUAGUAUUGUUAAUUAAUUACCCUUCAUUAAUGAACAAAGACAUUGAUUUGAUGCAUACUCUAAAUA